AUGGAGGAGGACAGGCUCGGGCAGGUCCGCGCUGGCAGCUACAGCCCUGCGGAGCGCCAGAGCGGCGUCGAGCACAUAGUCUGGGAGAAGAGCAGGGCGGCGUGGCGCGUUCAGUAUAAAAUACAGAACGGCCCGGAUCAAGGUCGCCAAAGGCAGCCCUUGUUCCGCCCGAAGGACGAAUCGUCGGAGGAGGUGGAGCAGGCGCGGCUCGCCGCUGUCGAGGCGAUGCGGCGGCUCAUGGAGGAGGACAGGCUCGGGCAGGUCCGCGCUGGCAGCUACAGCCCUGCGGAGCGCCAGAGCGGCGUCGAGCACAUAGUCUGGGAGAAGAGCAGGGCGGCGUGGCGCGUUCAGUAUAAAAUACAGAACGGCCCGGAUCAAGGUCGCCAAAGGCAGCCCUUGUUCCGCCCGAAGGACGAAUCGUCGGAGGAGGUGGAGCAGGCGCGGCUCGCCGCUGUCGAGGCGAUGCGGCGGCUCAUGGAGGAGGACAGGCUCGGGCAGGUCCGCGCUGGCAGCCCCAGCCCUGCGGAGCGCCAGAGCGGUGUCAAGCACAUAGUCUGGGACAAACGCAAGACAGCGUGGUGCAUUAGAUAUAAGAUACAGAACGGCCCUGAUCAAGGUCGCAGAAAGACGCCCGCGUUCCGCCCGAAGGACGAGUCGCCAGAAGAGGUGGAGCAGGCGCGGCUCGCCGCCGUCCAGGCGCUGCGGCGGCUGGAGGAGGAGGACAGGCUCGGACAGGUCCGCGCUGGCAGCCCUAGCCCAAGCGGCGUCAAGCACAUAGCCUGGGAGAAACACAAAAAGGUAUGGGUCAUUAAGUAUAAGGUACAGAACGGCCCGGAUCAAGGUCGCAGCAAGCAGCCCACCUUCCGGCCGAAGGACGAGUCGCCAGAGGAGGUGGAGCAGGCGCGGCUCGCCGCCGUCGAGGCGCUGCGGCGGCUCCAGGAGGAGGACCGCGCCCUCGAGCCGAGCGGCUCGGGCGUGCCCUGCGCCGGCCGCGGCCGCCAGGAGGUGCCGCUUCUCGAGGGGUUGUUUCUGGUCGUCGGAGACGAUGCGCAGCGGCGGCUUUAG